AUGGGAUCUGAAAUGAAUUUAAUAGGACAUCACCAGCUAGCCACUGCUGAUGGUUUUUCUCUUGCUGAAGGUCCUCAUUUGUUUGGUGUCCUUUCAGAGCCAAUGAGUUCUCCUGUGCAAGAGGCAGAUGUGUCACCUUACACACAGUACAACAGUGUGCCAUUUCCCCAAGUUCAGCCUCAGAUUUCAUCGCCGCCUUAUUACUCCAACCUAGGCUUCUACCCUCCACAGCAUGAGGAAUGGUAUUCCCCUGGGAUGUACGAGCUCAGGAGAAUACCCUCAGAGACCUUUUUCACAAGGGAGACAGAGAUAAUGGAUAUCCCUGCAGCCAAAAAGCCUAGACUGGGUCACUCCACAGGAAGAGUGAAAGGAGAAGAGCUCUGUGUGGUCUGCGGUGACAAAGCCUCUGGGUACCACUACAAUGCUCUUACUUGUGAAGGAUGCAAAGGGUUCUUCAGAAGAAGCAUCACAAAAAACGCAGUAUACAAGUGUAAAAAUGGAGGCAACUGCGAGAUGGACAUGUACAUGAGGAGAAAAUGCCAGGAGUGCCGCCUAAAGAAAUGCAAGCAAAUGGGCAUGUUGGCUGAAUGUAUGUAUACAGGUCUGUUAACAGAAAUACAAUGCAAGUCAAAAAGGCUACGGAAAAAUGUGAAACAGCCCCCAGAUCAGACAGUCAAUGAAGAUAACGAAGGCCAUGACAUGAAACAAGUGACAUCUACAACUAAAAUAUAUAGGGAGAAAAUAGAAUUUACCCCAGAACAGCAGAACCUUCUUGAUUACAUCAUGGAUUCAUACAGUAAACAACAAAUACCACAGGAGGUGUCAAAAAAACUAUUACACGAGGAAUUCAGUGCUGAAGGAAAUUUUCUGAUUUUAACAGAAAUGGCUACCAGUCAUGUGCAGGUUCUUGUGGAAUUCACUAAAAAACUACCAGGCUUCCAAACCCUUGAUCAUGAAGAUCAGAUUGCUUUGCUGAAGGGCUCAGCAGUAGAAGCCAUGUUCCUCCGUUCAGCUGAGAUCUUCAGUAGGAAACUUCCUACAGGACAUACUGUCCUUUUAGAAGAAAGAAUUCGCAAUAGUGGUAUCUCAGACGAAUUCAUAACUCCCAUGUUUAAUUUUUAUAAAAGCAUUGGAGAGCUGAAGAUGACACAGGAAGAAUAUGCUCUGCUCACAGCCAUAGUUAUCCUGUCUCCAGAUCGACAAUACAUAAAGGACAGAGAGUCUGUGGAAAGGCUUCAAGAACCCAUGCUGGAUGUUCUACAAAAACUCUGCAAACUUCACCACCCAGAUAACCCUCAACACUUUGCAUGUCUUCUGGGCCGUCUUACAGAAUUACGGACAUUUAACCAUCAUCAUGCAGAGAUGCUGAUGUCAUGGAGAGUCAAUGAUCACAAAUUCACACCUCUUCUCUGUGAAAUCUGGGAUGUGCAGUGA